GAUUUGAUCUUUCGAUCUGCAGUAUUUUUAAUAAGCUUAAUUUUAAUUUGGUAUCUAUUAGUAAAUUAUGCCAUAUAAAAACAAUUUCUUCCGUUGUCAGCUUUUUUAAAUCAACAGCUGUUUUAUUUUGGUUGCCAUAUGAUAUUUUGUGUAUUUCUUUGGUAUUUUCAAGUUAUCGGCUGCAAGUAAAAUUGAAGCAACAGUUUGUUUCGUAGUCUGGCAACACUAACAUAUUGCAUGGCAAUGUCGACCCUCGCAUUUUGAUAUUUAAAUCUGUAUAAAAACUAAAUUCGGCAAUAUGUCGGACCGACGUAAAGAUAUGUGGAAAUUGCUGUACAAUUUGGUGAAACGGAACCACGGUAACUUAUCCGCUGUGUACAGCGUGGUUGACGACAUUCUCUGCCAGGAUCCGAGUCUGAUCAGCUGCUCACCGGUGGGCGAAUUGAAAAAUAAAUUCCAGGAGACUUUUCUGCUUUGGCUUCUAAACAAGCUGUCUGUUUAUUUAAGCGAAAGUGCUGAUGAAGGACAGUGCCUGAAGAAUGUGCAGCUGCAGCAGAAGCUGUUAUUAUCCUGUUGGUGCAACCAUCCGAGACUCUAUGAGUGUCUUGUGGAGGCCUACGUGGAGGCGUUACAGCAGCUCUAUGAUAAAAUGAGCGCCUUUGACUAUACAAAUCCCAACAAGAAUUCCAAAGAGUUGCGCACAUUGCAUUUGAACAUCUUUUUCUGCGAUGCUAGUAUGCUGCAGGAGUUCGAUGAGGAAUGUGCGUUUCAAGUGAUCAAACUGCAGCUAGAGAACUCGGAUGUGUACGCUAAGUAUUUGCUGCUAGUGCUACAGGAAGCACAUCACAUUGGACGUGCUACACAUACCGAACUGUUUGCCGAGAGCCUGCAACAGGCGCUGCUUACACUCAAAGAGUGUAACAUGGACACCAAGUUAACUUGUCUGAGCUACUGUCAUGCAGUGCUCCAAGAGCAUUCCACAACCAGUUGGUCGAAAAGCAUUGUUGUGACACAUUAUGCAUCCCUAACGCUGCGCGCUGUUGUUCUUAUGUGGUCCCUGACCAGCCGCUGGAAAGACCAAUGUAUGACGCAGGCGCAACUGGAGCGGUUGGCCACAUAUACCGAGCAAUUGUUGCUAGUUUUUACAAAGCAAAAGAUGUCUGAUACGGAUUGCCUUGAGUUAUGUUGCCAAAUGUUGAACGAACUGCUGUGUCUACCUACCAGCGCUUGGCGUUGCAGCCUGCUUCAGAUUCUGUGCGACUACUUGCAAGAACAGCUGAAGGAAGCGAAUUUAAUGUUGCCUGAAAACACAUUGCAGCUCUUGCUGCGCCAGUGGCGUGGGAAUCCUAAACCAGUGCUGUUUUUGCUUGCUGCAGUUGCUACCAAGCAGCCUGCAGUGCGAGAUAAAAUCGUGUUGAUCCUCAGCCAGAGUCUGGCUCAACUGUUAUCUAAGCCGACCGCAAUGAAUUUGCCGGAAUUGUUGGCCGUGCUGCGUGCGGUCAAGCAACUGGAACAGCUGCUGUUGGUGGCCAACCAAAAAGAUCUGGUGGCUGCCAGCGAUGAGGCGCUUAAUGCGGCGCUGCUCGCCCAACUACCGCAGCACCAUGAACUCACCCUGCAGACCGAUGCUAACAGCAAUUGGAAUAUUAUGAGUGUACAGCUUUUGGAGGACGCAUUGUGCUUGGCUUGUCCGGAGUUCUUGGAAAUUUGCGCACUUUUGAUGCACUGCACUUGCCUGCGUCUGCAACUGAAACCACACACUCAGCAACAGCUGCUGGGCGUGCUGCAACGAGCACUGCAGUCAUCAGAGCUAGAAAAGAAGACUCAGUCGUUGCUUGCCUUAGCCACUUUGCGGCUGGAGACCCCUUCCAGUGCACACACACAGCUUCAGACCUUCUUCGCUCAGAAAUGUCUAACGUUGCUUAAUUCCGAGCAAAGCGAAAUAGUCCAGCUCAUCUGCGAGCAUCUACCUCAGUUGUAUGUGGCAGGCUACAUCAAAUCCGUUAACUUGCAGCAGAUGUUGCCCAAACUGAAGGCUACAGAAGAUGGCAACACCUUGGCCGCUGUGCUGCGUUUGCUGCUGUGCACUCAACAGCCGGAAGCAGCGCAAGUCUUCAAGACAGAGGAACGCAUUACAUUGUACUGCUCCAAGUGCGAAGAGCUGCCUGCCGCAUUACCAGGGCAAUAUUUAGGCAUGUGUAAACAGAGCACUGCUGUUGCCAAGCCUUUUAGCAGUUGCAGCCAAAGCAUUCUCGGUGAGGCUCUGCUGUUUAAAUCCAAAUGCACUUUCAUCACACAUCACUUGGAUGUGGUCAAAUUGGAGCCCUCACUCUGUCUGCGCCUGCUUAAGGAAUCGACUAAUUUGCAGGCACUCAAUGAACGCAGCUUCGAACGACUUGUGCCCGUGCUGGCAGCUCAAUCGACAGACUUCAUGCAGGAGUUGGCAAGUCUUGUGCUUAGUUGGGUUGUGGAGACGUUAGCUAAGCCUUUGGAUGCACAGAGCGAGGAGGAGCAGCUAAAACUGUUGCGUGUGAUCGUAUGCGCAGCGCAUCCGGAGAUGGAUGAGCUUUGGCUAUUUCACUGGUUCAAGAUGACCUUCUUUUUUCUGGUGCACACGCGUUCGCUGGUAGCCCAGGAAGCUGUGCUCGCCGCUUGCCAGAUGUGCGCACGCCAUGAGCUACAGCCGCUUACACUGUGGAACUGGUACAAACGCGAUGCACUCGGUUUGGUCGUGCAGCUGGCACUGCGCGGCUAUUUGACGGAAGGCGUACGCUUUACGCACUCCCUACGAGCGCUCAGCAGGAUGCUAGACUUCUCAUGCGUGCAGGAGUUCAUCUGCAAAUAUCAACGCCUGCUGACCGCUUUAAUACUGCCCUAUUGUGUUAAGGAGCCACGCUGUAAGGGCGUCUUUGUGCUUAUAGCCAAGCAUGUGCAGAAGCCAAUUGCUUUGUUAUUUUCUACGUCGUUUCUGCGUCUCUACGCACACGUCCAUCUCAGUGAGCCGCCAGAGAUUGCCAAUCGUUGCAUCGAGCUGGUGGCCAGCUGCACGCAAUCCACAGUGCAGGAACUAAUGAAUGCCGAUGUAAAGCAAACUGUGGCCGAGCUGCUUAUCUAUUUUAAUCGCAAUCCAACUUUUGUGAUGCGGUCCUUUCAAAGUCUGCUGCAGCUUAGCAAUUGCAACGAGAGCACGUCCACGCAGGCGACCAAUGCUCAGUUCUCCACGUUUAUUGCGGAACGUAUACUCGGGGUCAUUACCUAUUUUGAAAGUUGCCUUUCGGAGCCCACCUUCGAGAAGCCAUUGAAGGAGGAAACACUUUACAGUCUGGGACAGAUUCUUCGAUUUGUUGGCCCUCAACAUGUCACCCAAUUUCGCUUUAAGAUCAUCGCCAUGUUGAGUUUCGUGCACACGCUACAAGAGCCUAACCUGCAGCGCAUUUGCUUGAAGAUUUGGCACAUAUUCCUUCAUGUUGUAAACAUACAGGAGCUGGGUCCGUCACUGGGUCGCAUUGUAGCCACGUUGCAACCUCUACUUGCCUACAGCGUAGAUCAGGUCAAUGAGCUCUACGAAUUUGUCAUACUACGCAAUGCUUCCAUGUUGGGCACCUACAUUCAAGAUUUAUAUUUUCUGGAACGCCUAGAUCACGUGUCGACGCCUAUACGUGAGUGCAUUAAGCGACAUACAGCGCAGCUGUGCCUUAGAGGCCCAGUGGCAGACGAGGAAGAAGCUCCGCUGCUGGAUCAGCUGCGCUUUUUACAUAAGCAAAUCACUAACGAGUGCCUGCAGGUGCGUGUCUAUGGACUAGAGCAUAUGGCUGAGCUGUUCGGUCGACGUCGCACCCAACUUUAUCACAUGAUACUACACAAGCUGCCCAUGGAACCGCUUAUGGAGCAGAUAGUCAAUAUCCUAAUGUCUGGCAGCCAGCAUGAUGAUCGUUCGCUGCAGCUCGCGUCUGCCAAGUGCCUGGGUGAACUGGGUGCUAUCGAUGCCAGUUAUUUGCCUUCAAAUUACAAUUAUGCCAGUGACCAGCAGCUCCCACUGAGCGUCCUAACGGACGACUUUACAGUUUUAGCUUUAACGGCACUCUGUCGAGGCUAUCAGUUCCAGUUGAAGACGAAACAUGUGGAUAGCUUUUCGCUGGCCAUACAGGAAACGCUCGCCGUCUGCGGUAUUGCGCCCAAGGAGCAAAAGAAGCUACAGCUUUGGCAAUCUCUGCCCGUGCGUAUGCGCGAGAUUAUGGAACCAUUGCUCAAUUCCUGCUACACCUGCUCUCAGCGCCCCAGCACGCUGACACAACAGCCGCUCUUUGGCAGCCAGUACACACAUAAUUCCUACGAGCAGUGGGCGUUUCUCUGGGCUUCGCGGCUUGUUGACUACGUGCAGUCCUCGGACACGCGUCAUUUGCUCAGCUCCUAUAAGCCCUGCAUAAGGCGCGACUCCAAUAUGCUGAGCACAUUCUAUCCUUAUAUUUUGUUGCAUGCGUUGCUCGAGUGCAAUCCAGAGCAACGUGGCCGCAUUGAGGAGGAGUUCCAAGCGGUGCUGCAGGCCAAUGAAGAGCUGUCCAAACAAGUAACUGCACCAGCGAAAGCUGUUCUUGAACCAACUUCAGCAACACUCAACACUGGCGGCCACAAGCUCAUCGAGGCUGAGCACUAUAGAGCCGCCACUAAAUCAAAUAAUGAUGGCCCCAUACCUGGCUCCAGUGCUGAGGAUCAAUCCCGUUUGGCGGGUAAACUCUGUGCAGAGCUUUUGGACUUUCUUCAACGUUGGCUGCGCGAAUGGCAACGUCAACAUGGCCUAAGCAUGGGCGGCAAGCCGCCCCAAAACGUUGACGCCAACUAUGGUGCCAUCUACGAGUUCGUGCAGCGCAUAGAUAAAUUGCGUGUGGCACGCGCCAGCUACAACUGUGGCGAAUACGCGCGAGCUCUACGCUAUCUGGAAGCUUAUAUAGAAGACGACAAGGCGACGCGGUUGCUGGAACAGUUCACAUUUCUCGUUGAGCUCUAUGGACGGUUGAUGGACUCCGAUUCCGUGGAGGGGGCAGUCCAGACACGCAGCUGCGACAUGAGCAUCACUCAGGAAAUUCUUGUGAAUCGUCUGGUGGAACGCCAACAGGAUAUGAUAACAUGCUAUGAGCAAUUGCUGUCGAGCACAGAGCAACUCCAGCCGGAGCACAUACGAGCCAUUAUCGAUGCCUACUUGCGCAUGGACACACCCAAGACGGCGCUGCUCAUUGCUGACGGCCUCUCGCAGCGGCUGUCAGAUAGACACACGGAUCAGUAUUUCAGCGAGUGUAAAGCGGAGCUGCUCUGGCGGCUGGGCAGCUAUGAUGAACUGGAGCAGCUACAGCUCGAGCAGCAGGAACAGAGACGCAGCAAGCCCAACUGGCAUGCUCAAUGCGCCCAGGCAUGCCUGGCCCUAAGGCAACCGACGACUACAAAAAUUGAGUUUGACUCGAUGCUGGAUACUAUGCGCUGCUCGGUGCUUGAUCAGCUGCGCAGCUGCACAGCCCUGCAGCAACAUUCCUACGCGCAUGCAUAUGACAAUGUGCUAAAACUACAUAUGUUGCACGAGCUGCAGUGCAGCCAGCAGCUAGUGGAUCAGUUGACAGCGCUACAGCCGGCAGAGACGGAGCAGGAGCAGACACAGUUGAUGCACAACUACUUUGCCGAUUGGCAAGCCCGAUUGCAGAUUUUACAGCCGCAGCUGCGUGUGCUGGAGCCCAUUUACAGCUUUCGACGUAAUCUACUCGCAGAGCUUAAGCGACGCUUGGGCGAUCGUGCUCCACUGCAGGCACAACUUCGAACACAGCUGGCCCAGCUGUGGCUUAACAGCGCGCAAAUCAAUCUCAAUGCCGGCCAACUGCAGCGCGCCCAUCUAUACCUGAUGAAGGCGGCAGAGUACAAGCCUAGCCGUCUUUUCCUAGAGCGCGCCAAGCUGCUGUGGCAAAAGGGCGAUCAGGUGCAGGCCAUGAAUUUCCUCGAAGAACAGUUGUCGGCCAUUGGACAGCAAUGCGAAGGGAACGUCAAGCAGCUCAGCGGCGAACAGCGUCAGCUCUACUUUGAGGGGAAGUACCUGCAGGCCACAUACAAUGCGGACUCAAUGAAUCUAUGCGCUGAAGCCAUACUCAAGUACUUCCAGGAGGCCAUUGCUGUGCAUCGUCAGUCGGAGCGCUGCUACGUGCAGCUGGCCCAAUUUCUAGAAAAGAUGCGUGAGGCGCGAGCCACUGGCACUGCCAAUGCGCAGACACGCGAAAGCGAGGAGCUGCUGCUGCAAAUUAUGGUUAACUAUGCGAAAUCCUUACGCUAUGGCAGUGAUCAUGUCUACCAGUCCAUGCCGCGCCUGAUCAGCCUCUGGCUGGAUACGGCAGCCACGACCGAGGCCAGUACUACCCAUGCAGAGCUGGUGCGCAAAAUGAAUGAUUUGCUCAACAAUUGCUGCACGGCGUUGUCCACGGGCAUAUUUUAUACGGCGUAUUCGCAAAUGCUGAGCCGACUGUGUCACCCCUCGUCCGAGGUGUUUGCUGUGCUGCGCACUGUGAUUAUCAUGCUGAUACGGGAGUAUCCGCAGCAGUCACUCUGGAUGUUGUUGCCCCACUUCAAGUCCGCCACCGUGAAUCGUGUCAAGCGCUGUAAUUCGAUACUCACCGAUGAAAGGCUGCAGAACGCGGAAUUUCAACGUUUAUUGAGCGAUUUCAAUACUCUAACGGAUCGACUGAUUUGCGUAACCAACAAGGAGGUGACGCUCGAUCGCAGCUAUAAGCUAAGCGAUCUGGACAAACGAUUGCCGCAGCUGUGCAGCCAGGCGAACUUCUCCAACAUAAUGCUGCCCUUUGAAAAGUAUAUGCAGCCGACAUUCAACAUAUCCUCGGCGCAGGAUAAUGCUCCCUCGUCCACUCCUGGCGCUAACAAAUUGUCAACGAGCAAUUGGUUUCCUUAUAAGCAUAUCUAUAUAACUGGUUUCCAGGAGAAGGUGCUCGUGCUGCGUUCGGCGGCGCGUCCCAAAAAGCUGACCAUACGCUGCAGCGAUGGACAGAACUAUGAUAUCAUGGUCAAGCCCAAGGACGAUUUGCGCAAAGAUGCACGUCUCAUGGAGUUCAAUGGGCUGAUGAAACGCUAUCUACAUCAGGAUGCGCGUGCCCGCCAGCGUCGUCUACACAUACGCACCUACGCCGUGCUGCCAUUCAAUGAGGAGUGCGGUCUGCUCGAGUGGCUGCCGAAUCUCAAUUCAUAUCGCGGCAUUUGUAUUGCGUUGUACAUGCAGCGUGGCCAGGUGAUGAGCGGCCGCCAGCUGCAACAGCUAGCUCUGCCACAAACUGAGCCGAUUGAGCGCAAGCGGGCCGUUUUUCUUAAGCAGCUGCUGCCGGCCCACCCGCCCGUGUUUCAGGAAUGGCUCCUGCAGCGCUUCACCACGCCUCACAGUUGGUACGAGGCCCGCAACUCGUAUAUACGUACGGUGGCUGUCAUGUCAAUGGUGGGCUAUAUCCUGGGCCUGGGAGAUCGCCAUGGUGAAAAUAUACUCUUCGACGAACGCAAUGGCGAUGCGGUGCACGUGGACUUCAAUUGCUUGUUCAACCAAGGCGAGGCAUUUGCCUAUCCCGAGGUGGUUCCCUUUCGCCUCACCCAUAAUAUGAUCACGGCCAUGGGUCCGUUAGGCGUGGAGGGCAGCUUUCGCAAGUGCUGUGAGAUAACGCUGCGACUCCUUAAGCAGGAGACCAAAACGCUCAUGUCCAUGCUGCGGCCGUUCGUCUACGAUUUGGGCCCGAUCCAGAGCCGUCUCAUGGCCUCGUCUAGCAACCGGAACAAAAACGGUGCCGAGUUGACCGAUCCUAAGGUCACAAACGAUGUGCAGCGCAUUGCCGAGCGCUUGCAGGGACAUGUCAAGCGACAGCAGGCCAACAGCAUACCCCUAUCGACAGAGGGGCAGGUCAACUACUUGAUUAAUGAGGCCACUAAAGUGGAUAACCUCGCUUCCAUGUACAUUGGAUGGGGAGCUUUUCUCUAGCUUCUU